AUGCAAAUCAAGGGUCUGCUCCUUCUUGGUCUCGGCUGGGUUUCUGUCGCGUUGGCUCAGCUGGCUGAUACAACCGACUACCCACUUGGUCCGUUGACUACCACCGCUGAGAAAUGGGCUGUGAAGGUUUGCGACAUCACGGACUAUGGUGCUGUUGCGGACGGAGAGACCGAUUCUGGUGCGGCUAUUCUGGCUGCCUUUGAGGCCUGUAUCGAUGGUGGUGUGGUGAAUAUUCCUUUGGGAACAUUUGCCUUGGCCACUUGGGUCACCUUGAGUGGUGGAACUGCGUGGGCCAUCAACUUGGAGGGUAUCAUUGUUCGCACGGGUACUGCCGGUGGUAACAUGAUCUACAUUGAACAUAGCACUGACUUUGAGAUCUACUCUUCGCGUGGUGAGGGUGCUAUUCAAGGAUACGGCUAUGUCUUCCAUGCGGAAGGGGAGUAUGGCCCUCGUCUUCUGCGCCUUUAUGAGGUGACGAACUUUGCCAUUCACGAUAUUGCCCUGGUUGACUCUCCAGCAUUCCACCUGACCCUUGACACUUGCAACCAGGGUGAGGUUUACAACAUGAUCAUCCGAGGUGGAAACGAGGGAGGCCUUGAUGGUAUCGAUGUAUGGGGAUUCGACAUUUGGAUUCACGACGUUGAGGUCACAAACAAGGACGAGUGUGUUACCGUCAAGAGUCCGGCGAAUCACAUUCUUGUCGAAGAUAUCUACUGCAACUGGUCUGGUGGCUGCGCCAUGGGCUCUUUGGGUGUUGACACAGAUAUCAGCAAAGUCGUGUACCAAAACAUCUAUACUGUCAAUUCCAACCAGAUGUUCAUGUUCAAGAGUAACGGAGGCAACGGCACAGUGACGGACGUCACCCUUCAAAACUUUAUCGGACACGAGAAUGCUUAUUCCUUCUACAUCGAUGCUUACUGGACAGAAGAGACCCUGGCUGCAGGUGAUGGUGUUCUUUACAACUCAAUCACUGUCAGCAACUGGACAGGAACGUGCGAGGAUGGUGCCACACGAGGCCCACUGUACGCCAUUUGCCCGUCCACCCAGCCUUGCACCAACAUCAUAAUCGAGGAUUUCGACAUGUGGACCGAAUCUGGAAGCACGGAGUACUACAAGUGUGCCGAUGCUUGGGGAUCAGGAUACUGCUUGAAGGCUGGGUCUGCCCACACCUCAUAUGGCACGGUCACUUCAACCGUGACAUCUGCACCAGCUGGCUACUCGGCAACAACAAUGCCUAACCAGCUCACCGCAGGAUUCGGGCUGUCCACUUCUAUUCCAAUUCCCACGGUUCCCAACACAUUCUUCCCUGGUGCUACUCCCGCUACGGCAAGAGUGUAUGGUAACUAA